CUUUGCCCAGCAAACCAACCAUUUGCUCCCUCUCCCGCCGGGCGACGCGAACCCGGAGACAGAGGGCGACAGCGGCGGAUAUCCUCAUCGACUCCGGCGACCUCACGCCGUCCAGCGGUACCAGAAAUCCAGAACCGGCGCCGCCACUGACCAAGUCGAAGGAUUCAGCGACCACCGCUGAUGGCGUCGUGGUGCGAGAACAUGGCCCUGCCGCCCCGCGUCGUUAUCGGACCCCGUCCUUCUGGUGCCAAUGGUCAAGGGAAUAUUUUAUCACUUCGUCAUCCGAAACUAGAAGAAGAAACACAGUAUCUGUUCAUUGAUGACCAACUUCAUGAAUUCAAUUGGUUUAAGGAGCGUUACGGCUCAUGGUUCUUGGGAGAUUAUGUCUGUGAAGAUGGCAGUGUCUACUAUUGCACGCUUGUUGAUCCCAUCUUUGUUUUGCUACCACUUUUUGAAGCUGCACGUAUGUCGAGCGGUAAGGAUCUUGGAAAGUUUAGGCAACUGGAUGAAAUUUUAUACAUCGAAGGUUAUCCUGGAUAUCAGCACCUCAUGAGCAUAGCAGGAAACCAUAUGGAACUGGUUUGUGAAGUUAAAGAAGUUGCUAACAUGAAGUUCUUCAGGCUAGAUGAGUCCAAGGUCUUAACUUGGCUGUGCUGUAAGGUGCACAGCAUAAAAGAGGCUAUCACCAAGUUAGGUAAAAAUUAUGCUGCUCAAGGAGAAAGAGAAUUGUUGAAGGAGGCCCUCCAAAUAAUCCGUGAAAACCUGAAGGACGAACCAUGGCUAACGGUACUCUGCAAGAAGUUGCAGUUAGAUAUCAGUGAGAUCAAUGAUACAGCCAAAGCCAAUGAUACCUCAUUUUGCGCUGAUAGUUCUCCCAUACCUGGCCCUCCUCGUCCAUCGGAGGGGAAUGUAGGAAAUGGCAGCGCCAAGUCUAGCAAGGGGAGGCCUGCGAAGAAACCAAAGAUCGAGGUAGGAUCAAAGAACAUAAAAGACAUGUUCCGAAGGGUCACAAGGAACGGGAAAUGAUCCGAUACGCCUGAUCUUGUCAUCAACACCUCACAAGGUGCUUGAUAUUCCUGUAGUUGCCAGUUUAUCUCCAAAUUGGAUGUGCUGAGGUGCCAUCGACCAUUGUUGGUUCUCGAUCCAGAAGCACCUACAUGGAAGCUUGUAUGUAAGCUGUAUUAGCUCUUCUUUGAUGAACCCUGCUGAGCCGCAUUAACUGUAGCAUUAGUGAACUAGCAGUUUAGCAUUGUAGGUACUGAAUCGAUUAUUUGGGCGAUGAACCUUACUGUACUACUGCAAUGUAUCUGUACCCUAUUUGUUAAUCCCAUUGAACUGCCUGCAGAGGUUGUAACUGA